AUGGGCGAAGACAACGUCGCAGAGGGAGGCUCCAAGGACGCAGCUGUGGCAGAAGGAAACCCAGGUUCAAAGGACGUGAAUGCGGUAGGUCAAGGAUCGCAUGAGACGCCUGAGAAAGAAGCCAAGGGAGAUGUGAAAGAAUCGAAAUCUGCACGUCAAGCUUCAAAAGAGCCGAGCGCAACGAAGGGAAAACAGGUGAAUUCUUGA